AUGAAGGUUUACUUACUUACCGUUGCAGCUCUGGUAGCUAGCUCCUUUGCUGCGCCUGUUGCCGAAAAGCCCUUUACCAAGCGACUAUCUCAUAUCGUCGAGACCUUUUCCCACAACCUACCAACCAGCCCCGAUGUAGAUCUUCAUCCUCUGAAGGAUGACGACAAGGAAAAAAGGGCUACGGCCAAUGCUAGACGUUCCGGAGCCAAUUUGGAUGCGCAGAAGUCCCAUUCAAAGAGGCUGUUGGCCGAUCUUGGAUUGACACGUUUCAGGAAUGGCGACGACCUCAUUGGGGCCCUGGAAAGUCUGGUUAAACAGAUUACUGCUCACAGCGUCAAGAUCAAUGCCACUCUCAAUGGUGUCCAGGCCGGCAAAACCACCAAGGCCAAGGCCAAGCUUGAUACCACAAAAGAAGUCAUGCAAAUGCGGACCGUUCUCUCUGGCUUCUUGACUAGACUUGCCUCCUCGCGCAACCUAGGUUUUAACGAUUCCCAAAUCGAAGACAUCGUUGACCUUCUUGACAAACUUAUUCUACAGAUCGUCGGUACCGUUGAUAGCAUUCUCGGCGGAUUAGGUUCUCGCAACGAUAUAACCUCACCGUUAAACCCUCUUAUAAACAUGCUCACCAACCUCGUGAGCAAUUUAGGCGUUUCCGAUACUGAGCUUGGAGCCCAGCUACGAGAGCUCUUGGGUUCCAUCCUCAAAGGACAAGUCAGCGGUGACAAGGUUGGGCUCAAUGCCCUCCUGAGUGGUCUAGAGAGCCCACUUCUAAGUCUUCACGGUAUCCUUGGUGGAUUAGGCAAGACGAACUAG